AUGGCCGGCGUUGAGGCGUGGCCUCCCUGCAACGUGACCAAGUCCGCGCUGGAGGCGCGUGUGAAGGCUGGGAUUCUCCGUCCUCUUAAGGACGUCGAGUUCCCAGAGUGGAUCGUUCCUUCGAGGAUGGGGGUUGUCAAGGAUUCCCUACCCCCUGUCCCAGAGGACAAGGAGAUCCGGGCCAAGAAUCAGGCCCGGAACGAAGAACAAAAGAAGGCCAAGGAGGACAAGAAGGCCAAAUCGGCGCGGAGGGCCCGGAAGCAAAAGGCUGCGUCGGUGGUGCUGGCCCCCCUGAAGGCCGGUCUGGACGCGUGUGGGCGUGCCGGCGUCGAGGCCAUCAACCGAGCUUCUCAGCUCGUGGCCCGAGACAUGUACAAUUUGGCCCAGGCGCUCAAGGCCACAUCCCUGGAGAACUCAGUUUUUCUCCACCGGGAAAGGGAUGCCUGGGCGUCCUACGAGAACGAGAGGGCUGCCAGGGAGGCGGCUGAGGGGGAGCUCGCGAGGGAGUGCGAGAUCUCCGCCGAGCUUCGGCAGAAGUGCUCGGCCCUAGCAUCGGAGGCUCAGGAGGCCCGGGAAAAGGUCGCCCCCCUAGAGAAGAGGGUCGGGGACCUUACCCAGGAAUCCGAGGAGCAGAAGGCGGCGGCUGAGGGGUAUAAGGGUGAGGUGGCCCGCUGGCAUCAGAGCCCGGCGGAGCACGAGAAGCGAGCCGAAGAGUUGGAGAGGAAGGUGGUCGAGGCGACCUCUACUGCCGAGGCCCUGCAGAAGUCCUUUGACGUCGAGGCUUCGGACCGCUUGGCUCUUGAAGCCGUGGCUUUUUUCCUAAGUGUUAGCCCCGACGCGCUCGUGGACUGA